GUGACGGUCGGUCGCAAUCAGUCGGCUGCUAAAUAAUUGUAAAGUUUCGGUCGGAAAAGAUCACAAAUUAGCGUGAUUUCAGCUUCGCGGUAAUCGUUUCGCGUACAUCGACGCCACUCGCGGGUGUGGCAAAGCGUUCGCCGUCCGUGAUCAGCGAAACAGACAAAGGUGCGAGAAAGGCAAAAGUUGGAGGUGUCGCCCUCCUCCGCUGCUGGCUUGGCUGUGAGAACAAAUUACCCUUUGCUGUGGGUCCGUCGACGGACGGUAUAAAGUGUUGUUUGGUUAUGCGAAAAAAUCAUUCGUUCUUUGCAUCGCUGCUCCGGAUUUCGUACUUUGCAUCCAAUGUGCAACAAGGUGUGGUGGGAGAAUAGAAAUCAAAAACUUCAUUAUACCGGAGAAAAGCAUAUAUGACUGCGAAUCUUUUCCGCGAAGAACACAUCACCCUUCGGGUAAUUGACGGCGAAUAGACGCGUCAAAUGGUGCAUUGCUGGUGACAACGAAAAUAAUGUGACUGUAAUAGAACGGUUCUGAUGUACCCAUUGGGCCCUCCGUAUGUAGCAGUUUAGAGUAGAAGACACACCGGUCGAAUCAAGCCGUUGGAAGUUACUCCAUAAAAGCCACAAGAAAAUAGACGGAAAAACAAAGGAGCUAGGCAGCAGUGACGCCGAGUCAAAUUUCCGGUGCCCGGUAUUUGGCCCUCUCAUAGUCAUUAGUCGUAAGAAGACUCAAAAGCCGGACGGUUUUGAACAACAUUUUGUGCGGAACACAUUGGAAGCGAGUUAAGCCAGCGGUGGAUCGUUAAAAAAUAAUGGCCGGAAGCAUUAAGCAAGAGGAUGUGUGCUACGUAGUAGCAAAGUACGAUUACGCAUCGCAAGGCGCCCAGGAGCUGGAUUUGAGGAAAAACGAACGCUAUCUGCUGCUGGACGACAGCAAGCACUGGUGGAGGGUGCAAAACACACGCAAUCAGUCCGGCUAUGUGCCGAGUAACUACGUGAAAAAGGAGAAGAAAUCCGUCUCGCUGUUCGACAGCUUCAAGAAGAAGGUCAAGAAAGGUUCCGGCAGUAAAACGCUUCCAAAUUGCUCUCCUUCGCGCCAGGUGGACAGUCCCACCAUGAGCCGGCGGUUACCUCCGGACCCGUCGGAUGCAGUUGCGUCCACACCGAUCGGAACUGCCAUAGUCAAGUACAACUACCAAGCGCAGCAGCAGGACGAACUGUCGCUCACGAAGGGUACGCGAAUACUGAUACUGGAGAAAUCGAAUGAUGGUUGGUGGCGUGGCCAGAGCGGCUCGGCGACCGGCUGGUUCCCGAGCAACUACACGACGGAGGAAAACGAAGACGACACCCUGCACACGUACGCGAUGGCGGAGAACGUGCUCGACAUUGUGGUGGCACUUUACUCGUUCAAUUCGAACAACGACACCGAACUGUCGUUUGAGAAGGGUGACCGACUGGAGAUUCUCGAGCGGCCGGCGGCAGAUCCUGAGUGGUAUAAAGCCCGUAACAACAACGGUCAAAUUGGGCUCGUGCCGCGCAACUACCUGCAGGAACUAUCCGAGUAUUUGGCGCAACCAUUCCGUAGCAAUGGCAGUGGGCCGGAUUCGCUAGACCGGCGGCCUGCCGAUGCGCAGUCGAACAACAACAACUCCAAUACGAACAAUAGCAACAACAACAACUCGCAGCAACCGGAACGUCCCCAUCUAACCGGGAAGAGCUGGUACUAUGGUGCUAUUACACGAAGUCAAUGUGAUACGGUGUUGAAUUCUCACGGACACGAUGGCGACUACUUGAUUCGCGAUAGUGAAACAAACCUUGGUGACUAUUCGGUAUCACUGAAGGCUCCCGGACGCAACAAGCACUUCCGUGUGCACGUGGAAGGAAACAUGUACUGCAUCGGGCAGCGUAAAUUUCACACACUGGAUCAGCUAGUGGACCACUACCAAAGAGCUCCCAUCUACACCAACAAGCAGGGCGAAAAGCUGUACCUCGUCCGACCACUACCGAAGGCGAACGGUACCUAAGCCGACCUACUCCUCCUAGGCUUUCGAAUGCCGGCAACGGUAGGUAGUGUAGAACAAGACAAGACAAACCGCUGCCGAUUUGGUAACCGAAACCACACCGAAGCGAAAUCAUGGGAAAACGGUGCAAAUUUGAUGAGUUCAGUUGUAAGCUUGUUCGGGUUGAUGGUUAAUGUGUGGUCAUUGACGAGAUCGUGUUUGGAAUUGUGAGCUUAUUGUUUUCUCUUUAAGGCGCUCAAUGAAUCUUAUCCGUUUAUAUUUUAUUAUUUUUAUCGGUUUUAUAAUCGGUUGCUUGUUUUUAGCUAGUUUCUUUAAAUUUUAUGUUUUAUUUCUAUCGCUUGUAUUCAAAAUUGUCCUACCGGAACAACCAAACGCGUUAGGGCCCAUAAAAUGAAUUCAAUAAGAUAUUAACCGAAUGCACAUCUAUUCGUGCAUUAUCAUUUGGUAACGUGUACCGUACGUGUGUGUGGAGCUGUGGCUUCUACUGAGCAGUUGCAGCUGAGACUAGUUGGUUCGGAACAACGUCACGUACAGGCUUCUUCAUGACACCGAAAUAGGAAAGGAGAAACCCGCGUGAACUCGAUAUAAUAAUGAUAAUUAUAAACGUAGUAAUUUAUUUUGAAGCAGAAAACUUCACUAAGAGAACUGUAGAUCGAUAAAUAGACAAAAUGUGGGUUGACUUCUUAUGGUGGUAUUCCCGAUGUGGAAAAAAACGUUUCGUGCAGUAAAACGGCUGCACGAUCAAAUGGCACCGUCAGUUUUCCAAAGGGGGAUUGGGCGUUUUAUACCAUAAUUAAAUGUACACUCCUACAUCGUGUCCAUAAUGCGGAGUUGUGGUCGUUUCAUUGAAACCAAUUUACAUUCAAACUUCUACACAAAUAAUACGAUAGUUGUAUUUGAUUUUUUUUCUCUAAUUCACUACCCAACGAAUUUUGUACAAAGUAUCCACUUUUGGGUCCUGUUUUUCGGCAUCAUAUCUCGCUAGUUCUUUUCCACUCUUGCUUUUCCGAGUUUGAUACGGGAGUUAUAUACCAAUCUUUACCCUUCAGAAUGGUGUAUGCAUUUAUUUUGUAGUAGAUUAAUAUUCCCACAACGGUCAAUGUGUGCGUAUA